CACCCAAAGAAGGCCCCCAAAAUAAACCUGACUACUUCGACUUCCUGUUUUGACAAACUUAUCUCCCUUGGGGGGUUAGAAUUUUUAUAAACUUUUUCUUUUCCUUCAGUAAAAAGUAAUCUAUCGUGUUUAAAUUCUUUUUGUCGGAUUCAUUGCUUUACAUGUCUGUAAUUAUUGCAAUUAAGCUUUCUGAACAUUUUUUAACAACCGGCAGAUGCUGGUUUGGAAAGCGUGCUUUCGAAAUGUGACGUGGACUAAAGCCAAUGGAGAGCGCUGUCGCGAACCCAACAUCACACGUUGCACACCCCAGCGUCUGGUAUAGAGCUAUGACGAGACACCCAGAACUGUUUCUUCUGGCUAUAACACUGUCAGUCACUGUCAUAUCUCGAUAUGGAAACAGCCUCAAGUCUAAGCCGAUCACGAUUCCUCCGCGGCCACCUAAAAGGUUCUUCCCUCUCGGUUCGCCAGUGCUCGAGUUCCCGUAUGGUGAGCUGGAUCCAGUUGUUGAGCUGCUGGGUCAGGAAGAAGUGAUUUUCCUCAUGUAUUACGCCCCCUGGUGUGCCAAGUCAAUGGCAGUCCGCUGGGAGUUCAACAAAGCAGCCAAACAUCUACAGAACCAGGUUAAGUUUGUAGCAGUGAACUGCUGGUGGCCAGAUGGGCAGUGUCGCAAGCGCUACAAGUUUCUGAUGUACCCUGUUCUGUUUGUGUACUACCUCAACAUAGACGGCUACCGGUAUUUGGGUGUCUUGUCAGCUGAUCACAUGGUGAAGUUUUUAGAAAAUAUCAUGUAUCCUCUGACUUCAUUUCAUCGCAAAACAGAGAUCCUAGACUUUAUUGCACGCCAUGAUUCUGCUGUUCUUGGGUACUUUGACUUCAAUGCUUCCCCACAGCCACCUGGAUUUCAGCAGUUUUACCUGGCUUCUAUGAGAGUUGUGGAACAUGAUCCACAUCAGCCUGUGAAGUUUGGUGUUACCUUCCAAAAGCAACUUGCCGAGGUGUUUAACCUAACAGAGUCACGAGAUGUCAUUAUGCUUCGAGUUGCCAACACCACUGUGAAAUAUUCCAGGGAUUCCAACUUCACCUCCACUCAACUGGUGUCCUGGUCUUUGAUCAAUAGACAAAAACCGAUUGUCAAGUGGCUUUCUCCACUGGGUGUCAAGAGUUUGGCAAUGUCGACAGAGAUUUCCAGAGGUCCAGCUGUAAUUGGAUUCUACUCCCACAAUUCUCUCUUUGACACCAACCAGCCAUUUCAUGUGAUGAAAGAUAUUGCCUUGCAAUUCAGGAAUUGUAGCGACAGUGCCAAUAUUUCCGACAUCAUUAUGAGAUGGCGACAGCAAGCGUUAAGAGCUGCAGUUAGCUAUCAAGAAGUUGUCAAGUUCUGCGACAAGUAUCGCAAGCAGCAGCAUACUGAUCUCAGCAAGAUGAACUGCUGCGUAACCGUGGUGACAUCACUAGAACAGUCGUCACACAAAAAUAUUUGUGAAUACUGUGUCCACAGGCAGAGUCCUACGCUAAACAGUCUUAAUGGCUGUUCGCUAAAUUUCGACAAUAGACAGCUUCCUAAAUGGACUACUUUACAGACGAACAUUUGUCAGAAUUCAAUAGAAAAUUACAAUACUUUCGAAUAUCACAGUUUGUGCUGUAGAGACUGCACGGAAUUGUAUCAGAACGCGGUUGUAUAUAGUUUUUCACCCAAGUCUUUCAGUUCUGACAAGAGAAAGCUCACAGACCGAUAUUUGUGGCAGAGCUUAGAAAAUUACCCCAAGCGGUUGUGUAGCAAGUUGACUCUGCAGAAAGUGGAGGGUGUGAGGGCGUACAGAGAUUUGGUCCACUUUGAUCAUGAAGCAAUACUGAGUAACAUUUCAGGCCUUGGCUGUCGGACUAACAAAACAAUCAGUUUCUAUGCAAUGGAUGCCGUCCACCAUUCUGUUUUCGCAGAGCGCCUCGGCGUCAAUAUUUCCAGUCUACCAAGUCAGCCAGCUGUAGUCAUUGUAGAUAAAGAGAAUGAAGAAGAAUAUUUGCUCAAAGAAAACUUCACAGCAGCUAGUGUUGCAUCUUUUGUUAUUAAUUUCACAACGGGUAACAUACGACGACACUUACGGUCGAUGCCAGUAUUGAUCUCAAACUGUGAUAACAAUCAAAAUGAAGUGUGCAUAACAGAAGUCAACUCCGAAACAUUUCAGCAAAUAGUGAUGGCAGCUAAAAAGGAUGUCAUGGUGUUAAUGUAUUCGCACUGGUGUGGGUUUUGUGCUUCCAUGGCUCACAACUAUCUAACUCUCAGCCGCUACUUCCAGACUGCAAGUAGCAUUUUGUUCACAAGAUUCAAUGCCGACGAGAAUGAUCUUCCAUGGGAGCUAACUGUGGAGUCAUAUCCGGUUCUCAUCUUCUUCCCAGCUGACAGAAAAGCUGACAGCAUUGUGUUUCCCAGGAGCGUUGAAAUGUCACUUCCUAAUCUAAUCCGGUUUGUCCUCCAGCAUUCCAAUCACAAGCUGCGUCUGCAGGCUGCACUGGCCGUCUGCUCUGUCACCUGCAUUCGCAGGAACCGCGAUUACGCAAGGAGCUCUCGCCGCGAUCUCGAGCAGCGGCGGUUACGUCUUCAGGGCACCCUCAUGCAUCUGCUGUCGACCGUCGACACGGGCACCGCCGCUCGCCGAAAGUACACGGAGCUCUCCAUCCGCAGUGUCAGCAGAAGACUGAUGGAAAUGAGCAAGGAAAUAAGCGUCGUUGUCAGGUUGUUGAAGCUUUUGGAGUCAGAAAUUGACCCAUUACCACUGCAGGACUUUCUGGAAGAAGGAGGAGGAGAGCAUUUAGAAAGUGACAGCCCAGCAAGCUGACCCACUGUCUUUCCAUGACUCUUUAUUUAUUUAUUGUCAUAUUCAUACGUUCCUGUGCUGUGUAUAUUCUGUAUAAUUAUUCAUUUAUUUUUCUUUCGUACCUGCUUAUGCAAGAUGGAAUCGGUUCAUGUGGAAUACAGUGUUUAUUACCCACGUGGCCGACAUCUGGAUGUGUCAUAAAAAUAUAUGUUGCAAGAGGCUAGCAUUAUACACAUUAAUCCUAGCAGGGAAAUAUGAUAAAAUCUUGCCGUUGCUCAUGAGGUCAUACGAGAAUUUUACUUCCGGUAUAUUUUUCAUUUGGGUCAGCUCAGAACGACGGUUGAAUAUGAAAUUGUAUAUGAAACGUAGACCCUUGGUGGUUGAACUUUGACUGGGAAGGGGGUGGCGAAUGGGUGAAGGGGGUGGGGAAUGGGUGAAGGGGACUGCAUGCAUGGGAAAAUCUUGUCAUCAGGACAAGACUUCCACCAUCUCUGGUGUACUAUUUAUAAUGCUUAGUUAUGAUAUAUUCUUGUUAUCUCUAGUCGAACCUAGAAGAACUUACAGGUACCUGUAUUUACUGAAAGCUUAUUGUUGUAGAUAUACUGAUUCUAAAUAAUUCCUGAUAUACAUGUAUCUGCAGUAUUCUGAUGGACUUGCAGAAAGUUUUGUGUUUCAAAUUUGUAUUCAACCCCACUUUUUCAUUUCAUUUUGUAUCAUAAAAUCAUGCACAUUUGUGAAAAACCUAUUAGGAAAGGCUCGCCUAGAACUGAUUAAAUGUUUAGAUUUAAAAAAAUUUAAUGUACCCAUCACCCGCAAAAUAAAAUUGUAUUUAAACGAAUGGAGAGAAAAAGAUAUAGCAGACACACUAGGCAUACAGUAAUAAUUAUGGUGCAGCCAGCCUGCCCCAUGUGAUCAGUUUUAGCACAGCUCUAAAAAUAAUAAUUAUAUUAAUAAAUAAAUAAAAUGUCCCUUCCUUCCAACUAGAAAUGGCAGCUGCAUGUAGCUCAAGGGUACUUGUUUGAAUUGAUAGGCUGUGUUAUUGAUCCAUUCAGUUCUGUUCUGACCAUCCCAUUUACUGCUACAUGACUUACACAUCAACUGAAGUAUGUGGUAAGUGCUGUCCUGUCUUGGAAAGUGAUAUAGAAGGCCCUAUGCUGGAAGGAAUGGGCAUCAUCAACUCGUUCAGGCCUGUAAACCAUUUUGGAAACUACAACAGAAGCCGAAGAUUAGCACAGCGAAAACGCCUAGGGGUGAAAGGGUUAAAUAGGGGUGUUGUUACUAUAUGUUUGAUUUCUGAUGGCCAGUAAUAAUCAUUGUGUUGAGGUCUCAUGUUUUGAACUUGCUUGCCUUCCUUUUCAACUGAUUAAUAUACAUUGUAUGUGUAACUGGACUGUACAUCACAUCUGUAUAUAGUGAAAUACGUCUGUUGUACAUAUUUAUUUAAUAUUUACAUGAUUAUUUCUUUUUUAUGCAUCUUUUUAACAAGAGUAUUUUGAAGUGAAUUACAAGUCAUGUAAAUAUCAUAAAUUGAAGUCACUUUCAUGAAUUGAAGUCACUUGUCAUGAGUUGUGAUUUACAAGUUAUUUACUUGUCAUGAAUUACUAGUCAUUUUAUAUGCCCAUCUAUGAUGGGUCGUAUUAUGGUAUGGCAUUGUCUGUUCGUCCAUCCGUACAUCUGUCUGUUAACUUUUUCUUGUCCGGACCAUAUCUUACAUACAGAUGCAUAC